UCCGUUUCCACCACCCGCGCCUCAUCCACUGCAACAUGUGCUCGACGGAUUCCCUCUGAGUCUCACACCACGCCGCCAUGGCGCUCGCCCUCCUCUCGCCGCCACUCCACCACCCACUCCGCCCGCUCAACCCUCCACCGCUCGCAUGCACCACCGCGUCCAGCACCGGCUUCUCCUUCUUCUUCCCUCCCGCCCCGCGCUGGAGGGCCAGCUCCGCGGCCGCCGGUGAUGGCCCCGGCCCGUCAGAAGCGGCGGGCGACACGCCCCUCGACGCCGACCUCCUCAGGCGGGUCUCUGCGGCGGCGGACGCGGACCAGGCGCUGGACAUUGUCGCCGAGUCGCUGGGUGGGGCGGGCUCCGGCCCGAAAUCCUCCCUGGACGCGUCCGACUGCAACGCGAUAGUCGCGGCGGCGCUCGACCGCGGCAACGUCGACCUCGCGCUCUCCGUGUUCGAGGCGAUGCGGUCCGGCUUGGCGCGAGUGGGGCGCUGGAGCUGGGCGAGGCCGGACGUGCGGACCUACGCGUUGCUGGUCCAGCGGCUGGCGGCGGCGCUGCGUGUCUCUGAUGCUAUCAGGAUUGUCGGCUACGUCUCCCGUGCUGGUGCGUCUUCCGCAGAGGAGGUCCGGUUUGGGAUAACUGUUUGCUGUCCAACCUGUAUGGUGGCAAUUGCUGUUGCUCAGCCUCAGCAUGGAACACAGGUGGUUUCAUGUUCGAAGUGCCGGUACCAAUAUGAACUACUUUCUGGAGACAUUACAAACAUCGAAUCUGAAGAAGUGAGCAUGGACACUUCAGCUUUUGAGAAGGCGUUGCAGUUCAUAAAUGUGAUGAAAGAUGAUCUUCCAGCUGCUGUUCACUCUAUUGUGAUCCGCACACCCUCAGGAACAGCCCGCACGCAUAGAUUUGCUACCAAGACUGUGGAACUUCCUGCUCAAGGAGGAGAAAGAGUGACCAUUUCCUUGGCCGCCCCAGCUAAUGUUUAUCGUGAAAUGGGUCCCCUCAAGAUCGCGGCACGCUCAAAAGGGUUUAGUCCAGGAGAACCCAUGUGCCUCACUAACCACGUCAGUGGACAGGUCUCAAAGCUACUAAGGCCGCCAUCGAAGAAUGUGGGACCAUUUGUUCUUACUCCGUAUCUAUUUGUCGGUGCUCUUGCUUUGCUUGCUUCUGGAGAUGCUGUUUCUGCAUUCAUUGAUCCAAGUCUCCCUAGACUAAUUACAGCAACUGCCAUUGCAUCAGCUGCUGUAGGAACAACUCUCAAUCAAGUGAUCCUGCCAGAGACUCGAAAGCUUCCCCAAAAGGCAGUAGACAUAGUCGCUGUACGGCAGAAACUCUUGUCUCAGUAUGACAUGCUUCAGAGUCGUCUUACGGAUCUGAAACAGCUUACUGAAAAAGAGGUGUGGAUGCUUGCAAGAAUGUGUCAGUUGGAGAACAAGAUAUUAGCAGUAGGCGAACCAUCAUAUCGUGCUCGACGUGGUAGACUGAAGAAUGUACGAAAAAGCUUGGAAAGUACGCUGUUGGCAAAGAUUGAGCUGAUGGAAAGUUAUGCGAAAUUAUGUUCUAUGAUUGAAAUUGAAGUUGAGAUGGACUCUGAUGUUCUCGUUGCUGAAGCAGCUACUGGUGCAGAAAGGAUAUCAGAACAAAUUCAACAGUUAAUGGAGAUUGAUAGUCUUGAAGAGCAAUGGCGCAUACAAGCUGAGGCUAAUGAUGAAGCAGAAAGGCUUCUUAGCUCAGAUUCUUCGGAAGCAUUGUCUGCUGAGCAUGUAUAAUGAGAUUUUGGUAAUAUGCAAGAACGUUUAUUUGUUUUUCAUUUGCCACAUAUCUCAGUAAAAUAUACAUUUUCACUUUCAAACUAAGAAACCUUACUGGGCUGGGCAUAGUGACUUAAGAAGAUAGUUCUGAUGCAGAAGACAGAUUGAUUAUUGUGUAGAACCAUGUGUUUUGCAUACAACAGAAUCAGAGUGAAUACUGAGAAGAAUAGAAACAUGUUUUUUUUUUCAUCUACCAAGCACAUUCCCCCUUACAGACACUUGACAGUACAGAUGAGGACAGACUUGUAGAUGGAAAUAAAGGAAGUAUGCUUACAAGGAGACAGACAAUGCCAAAUUCCUGGAGAGGCAUGGUGCGUUCAAGGCAGUUCAAGGACUGGUGCUGAGUUUCCUAUUUGAUUUGCAGCAUGUUUUCUUUGAACUAGCAAAAAAAAUAUGAUACUCACAUAUAAAUGGCUCAUUGUAACCUCUUAACACCAUCGUGUUAAAUUGUGGGACUGUAAUUGUACAUAAGUGCGUAAACUGAAUCGCAUCUCAUUUUAUGCUGUGUGAAUGUUUGCAGAUCCUGUAAAUUGAUGUUUGUAAGCAAAUCUGGAAUAAAUGUGGCUGAAAAACAGCAAUUGAACUCUGUAA